AAAUUUUUCAAAAUUAAAAUUAAUAAAAUCUUAUUUACGGACCACAAUGACUCAAGAUAGGCUAAAUGGAUUAGCAAUUUUAUGUAUUGAAAAAAAAUAUUUUGGAAAAUAUUAAAUAUGAUGAUAUUAUUGAUGAUUUUGUCUUUAAAAGUGCAUCACGAAGACACUUUAAAUGAGUUGCCCCUGUGUUUUUUUUUUACUUUUUUUUUUUCUUUUUGUGAUCCUGCUACACUUGCUACUUUUCUGUUAUUAAGUUGUAUGCUUAACAAGUGAAACUACUUAAUCCGACCUCACCUUUUGUCCAUGCAGGCAUUACAAUAUGAAUCAUAUACGAUUGGUUUGGUCCCGCAUCUGGAAUGUUCUUUCUGAAUUUUUUGUUUCAGUUGGGUUGUCAGAAAAUCUUUCGGUCGCAAUCUUUGUAAUGGAUUCACUAAGGCAAUUAGUUAUGAAAUUUUUGGAGCGAGAAGAACUUGCUAAUUAUAACUUCCAGAAUGAAUUCUUGAAACCUUUUGUGGUCAUCAUGCAGAAAAGUAAUUCUUCUGAAAUUUGUGAGCUUAUUGUUCGAUGUGUUUCUCAGAUGGUUUUGAGUUGUGUUAAUCAUGUGAAGUCUGGGUGGAAAAGUGUUUUCAUGGUUUUCACAACUGCUGUCGCUGAUGACUGUUCCCUUCAUUGCCUGUUGACAAUCUAUACAUGGAAGAAGUGUACGUUAAGUUUGGAGAGGAAUUAUGCUUCACUGUUGGAGGUCAGCAUAUUCCUUUUGGUGCAUCACCACAGGACAACAGAGCUAGCCACAGACAGCAGCAGCAGCAGUCUGCGUGCAUGGCUGAUGCCCAAAGAAAAAGAGAUCCUCUUCAAUUUGCUGCCACGCGAUGACAUCAAUGAAAUGCCUCAUCGAUGCACACACUUCGAGAUCGAGAUACCGCCCGCAGCUUUACUGCACCCAAAUCUCGCCAGGAAGCGAGAUGGAUUGAUUUGCUGGACAUGACAUUUCGUGGAGAAGGAAUGGCGUGGCCGGAAAACUUGUGCCCUGUCUUGUCAACGUAGUUUCUGUCUAUUUUGGAUCUCCGAACAGAAGGGGAAUUAAGAAGAUUAAGGAAACGUAGAAAAGAAGCAUCAAGCACGGUAUAUUAUCCACAGUUGGUCGAUCUCGUAUAGAAUUUCAAGGAUUAAAUAUCAAGUCUCCGCACUUGCAUUUCCAACUCAGGGGCUUGUAAUUGGAGCCGAUGUCUCCCCUCAGAUCGGAGGCCAUGGCCUUGCUCAGUGCUUGAGGGCAGAGCCGGUCCUGGUUGUUUAAAGGCCCUGGGCAAAACUAUUAGUUAUGCCCUAAUUUUUUCUUUCCACCAAAACUUAAACAAUGUAUUCAGCAGAGUGGUUAAGAAUUAAAAUCUUUCUAAAUACUAGUCCCUAUAAAGUAGUACUAAGGAGUUCAGAAUAGCAAAACACAAGAAAAAGAUAUCUGAACAGUCGAAUUAUUUGCUUCUGAUAGAUUCUACAAGGAGGUUCAAGUUCAGUCCAGAUAUUCUACAAAAAAUCAUAAGAAUUUGUAAGGCGUGGAAACACAUUUGGGUGAAACUACAUAAAAACUUUAUAAUUUAUUGAGGAAAAUACAUGUUAGAAAGAAGUGACUGCUAGAUAUAUAGCAGCAAUAUUUCCAAUAGAGAUUAUGGGAGAUAAUUUAAGGAAGCAUACCAUAACUAGAGAAAGGAAAAAUAAACUUACCUGUGGUGAUGCACCAAAAGGAAUAUGCUGACCUCCAACAGUGAAGCAUAAUUCCUCUCCAAACUACAUACAAGGAAUA